AUGGACGGUGGAGAUUCGUCGGGAAAAGGGACGGUGACGUGUGCAACGUGGAUCAGACGGCCGGAAAACGAGCACUUGGUGGUUCUGGGAAAAUCGAGUCCGUCUUCACUCGAGAUCUUCUCCUUCGACCCCAAGACCACUUCUAUCUCCCCCUCUCCCAAGGUCAAGUUUGAAUUUGAAGAAGGGGUUAAUCCAGUGACCAUUGCGGUGCAUCCAAGUGGAGACGAUGUGGUUUGUUCCACUAGCACUGGUGGCUGCAAAUUAUUUGAGGUUUAUGGCCGGGAAGACUAUAUAAAAUUAACAACAAAGGAUCUAGCUCCUCUACAAGGUGUUGGUCCGCAAAAAUGCUUAGCCUUUAGUGUCGAUGGAACUAGAUUUGCUACUGGUGGAGUUAAUGGGUGUCUCAGAAUAUUUGAGUGGCCAAGCAUGAAGGUCAUAUUAGAUGAACCAAGAGCUCACAAGUCAUUCCAAGACAUGGACUUCAGCUUGGAUUCAGAGUUUUUAGCCACAACAUCAACUGAUGGUGCAGCAAGAAUAUGGAAUACAAACGAUGGUGCUCCAAUAACUACUUUGACUCGAAAAUCAGAUGAGAAAAUUGAACUUUGUCGAUUCUCCAAAGAUGGGACGAAGCCAUUCUUAUUUUGCACUGUUCAAGAAGGAAAUAAAUCGGUUACUGGUGUUUGGGAGAUAAGCUCAUGGAAAAAAAUUGGGCACAAGAGGCUGCUUAAAAAGCCAGCUUCAAUCAUGUCGAUGAGUCGCGAUGGAAAGUAUCUUGCUCAGGGGAGCAAGGAUGGGGAUAUAUGUGUAGUAGAAGUGAAAAGAAUGGAGGUUCGCCACUGGAGCAGGAGGCUUCACUUGGGUUCUAAUAUUGCAUCUUUGGAGUUUUGCCCUAGUGAAAGGGUAAUUCUUACCAGUUCUACUGAAUGGGGAGCAUUGGUGACUAAACUAAGUGUUCCCGCUGAUUGGAAAGAGUGGCAAUUAUAUGGACUACUACUGGGACUGUUUUUGGCAUCACUCCUUAUAUUUUAUGUAUUCUUCGAAAAUUCUGAUUCAUUCUGGAACUUCCCAAAGGAUCAACCCUUGAGAUCAAACAUUGAAACCAUUUUGGGGGAUCCACAGUCUGAUGAUCAAAAUAUGUGGGGAGCUUCUGGGGCACUUGACUUGUAA